AUGGAGAGCACAUUGCUCCUAAGGGCAGCUUGUGCUGUGUUGUUCAUCACCGGAUGCGUGUCAGGCUGCAACAGAGGACUCUACGAGAGCGUGAUCGACCAGUACUGCCUGGCAAAGUUCAAGUUCGACAUGGAGGCAGUGGACCAACGUCUGUGGUGCAGCUGGCUCGACACCACAGAGGUCUACGAGGGGCUGACUAACUGCACCUACCAGGUGUCAUUGAGGAUGGACUGCUUCUGGCCUGACCAGAUAGUUGACCACUUCUUUGUGAGGAUCCACCAAAUCUACUUCCAUGACUGCCCGCUGACCGGCCGGCUCAUCCACGACCCGCCGUUCAGUGUCCUUGCUCCGUUAAUCGGUGUGCAGAUAUUGGUCACCCUUCUCGUGACAUCCCUGGUGGUGUGGAGGAGUAAACACACAGAGGGACUUCUAUAG